AUUUGUAACGUUGGCGAUAAUGAAUUUGGGGACCGUAUUCAGAGAUGUUGUUGGGGAGUCAACUCAAUAUGGGAGAAUGGGAAACAGUGCGAUGUUGCUGAACCACAACCUGACAACACUGUUGGCAUCCAGAAAAAAUGCCGGCCUUGACAAGUUUGACGGUUUAUAGCUGACAUUUUCAGUUAGCCUCUUUUAUUUGUGUCUGGAUGGCUGGAUGUUUCGAAGGUCACUUAAAUCUUGCUGAUCCUACUUACUUCGAAAGCUCCAAAGUCGACAUGCUUCUGGGUGCCGAAAUCUUCUACAUUUUGAUUUGCAUUGGACAGAUACGCCUUGGGAAAAACCUACACACCUUACAGAAAACCGUUCUUGGCUGGGUACUUUCCGGGCCUAUUCCUGUUUGUAAUGAUCUACUUGCAUUGCCCAAAGAUACAUCCCAUCCUGAGAAGCCGAGAUUCCAAGAUACUGUUGCAGGAGAGAAUAAUUCCAGUGUAAGCACGUUAUUAGAGGAAAAAGAAGAGUCGAUAUAUUUAAAUUGUUUGUCCAGACAGUGCUUUGUUUGUAGAGCUUCUAAUUUUGAAAGUAGCAUACAAUAUUGUUAACAGAAUGAUGAAACAUUUGUUUUAAGAGAAAAGAAGAAUUACAAAUUGAU